UUUUGUCAUCUGUCAUUUGUUUGAUCUAUUUCCUCGUAUUCUAUUUUUAAAUUUUAUUUGAUUUUUUAGUGAUUUAUUUAAUGAUAGUGCUUCUUUUCUUUCAAUAAUUUCUUAAAAUCGUGUUUUAUAUUUAUUUAAGAUAACGUUGCACAAUGGUUAAUGCUAGUUUGGCGUAUGAAAUUCUUCUCUACAUAAAUUCAUUUUAUUUCGGUCUAUUUGCAAUGUGUGAACUGGGGACUCUCAUUCUCAAGUCUGUAGUGAUUAUAGAUAAAUACAACGAUGAUACGGAUCCUACUAAACUAGAUCCACUGAAAUUGGGCCAAGACUACGGUAUGCUGGUUGGUCUGUUCGUCAUAGAGGCCGCAAGACUUCUGUUGGGGCGCAAAGGCAGUCUCAAAGAAAGAGAUAUUCCAGUAAUGUUCUCGGUGCUGUUGACUAUACCAUCCAUCAUUGGUGUGCUGUAUCUUCUCAUCUGGCAAGUAGUGGUGCUGCGAAUAGAGUACAUUUGGUGCACUCUCAUGUUGUGCAUCCAACUACUGGAGUUCGUAUUUGCAGUCAUGUUUGUUGUCACCAUGUGUAAAGGACCUUCAUAUGACUAAUAAGGCAAAGAAACAAAGUGAAGGCACAACAUAUGAUUAAUAGUUUAUUUAUAAAUUGUGAAUUAUGCAAGUGUGGAUUUUCACAUGCCAGUGUCAAGCCAUGCACAACAAAUGAGUAAUGAGUGUUUAUUAAAAAAUGGAAUGAGUAUGGGAAUGCACCUACAGGAAUGUUCCUACUUUUUGUAAGUACUUUUUGACAGCUCUAAAUUUUAUAAAAUUCUUAUUGGUACUACCUACAUUCAUGUAUUACAACAAAUUAUUUAAAAAUAUAUUUUAUCUUGUUAAACGAUAAAUGUUGUUAUCCUAUAUUUAUUCAUUUAUAAGCACAAGUGUGUAUUUAAUGUACUUAAUUGUAAGACAAGUUUUUGAGUGCAGUUAUUCUGCUAUUUUCUCCAUUUUAAAAAUGAACACCAAAGUAUUUUCAUAUUUAAAUAAGAUGUGUAAACUAUUUAUCCAUGUUGUCAUUUUAAAAUUAGCUUUUUAAUAUUUCUAUGUUUGUGUAAUUGUGAAAUGAAAUCAAGUCCGUAAGGAACAAAAAGUGAUAAUGUGGCCUUUAUUUAUAAAAUAUACAACUCAUUGUUGAUAAAUCUUCCAUUGUGCAGUAGAGAAUUAUUGUGAACACCAAAGAGUUUAGAUGUAUAAUAAUGGUGCCUAUUGGGGGAACUGAGAGCUCUUAAUCUAGUGCUCUCCUUCACUUACAAUAAGUGAAACAAAGUGAUAGCACUAGUUUUAGUCCUGUCAAAGUUGGUGGUUGCCCGAAUUGGCACCAUUCUCAUACCUGUAUAGAGUUUAUAAUCCUCAUGUGUACCAAACUAAAAUACAUACCUCAUUGUCUUAAUACCUUUUUAUACAAUCUCAACGCACAUGACAAAUUGUAUUAGCCAAAUAAAUCUAUUCUAGUCCAAUAUAACUUAUAAAACAGCUAUUUAUUUAUAAGGCAUUUUAAGAAUUUAAUGGUACUUUAUAUUGUACUUUCAGUGUUAAAUUAAAUGAAAAAUUAUA